AUGUCUUUUCCAGAUCCUCAUCUCCCUUGCACUCGUUGCUGCAGUGAAUAUGAAUGUCCGUAUUGUCCUAAACUUGCGUUUCCAAAUUCUUAUGCUCUCAUUAAACAUUUAAGAAAAAGCUUUUCGCAUAAAGAACGAGACGAAGCUUUUUGGUGCGCUUUAUGCAAGGAGUCAUUCUUAAGUAAAGUUGGUUAUAUCCAUCAUCUCAAACAAAAGCGGAUUCACAAGUAUGAUCUUCAUCAGGCUGCAUGUUGUGGGAGAUUUCAAGAUGUUGGCCAAUUCAUCCACACUGAAGACGCAGAUGCUACAGGGGCUUCACAUAAGGUUAAAUUUGGUAAUCCACCUCUUCAGAUCGGUUUGACACCAAUGCACUGUGCCGCAUUCAUGGGAUAUUCAAGGUAUUUAUGCUAUUAACAACAUUUUAUGAGCAUCGAUUGGAAACUUAUUGUUACUUUAUUUGAUCGAUAUUGUAAACGUUUGCCUGUUAGAUGGCGAAGCUGCUUCAGAACAUUUUGCGACAACUUCUAACUUCAGGAUAAAAACGCUUUGUCUUAGUCGAUUUUGCCAGAUCCUUCCAUCGUGUUUGAGUUGUAAAUAAGGCAACAAUUCUUUGACGUGUCUGUCAGUAACUAAAACAUAAAUGUAGCUGAAUUUUAAUGCAUGCGUGCAGUUCGGGUAAUCUUGUAGCUACGUUGUGAGUGGCAACGUAGUCCCGUAUAGUGUUUUCAGAAAUCGUGCGCAUUGAAAUAUUCAAAUUUUCGAUAUAUGGGAGCAUAGAUAUUUUUCGGUAUUAUCGUCAUAUCAAGCUUUUUCAAGAUUGAUUGGAGUUAUUUCAGAAGGACAAAGACGAUCAAUGCGCUAACUUUGCGGGAAAAUCUGUAGUUAGGGUUAGAGAGAGAGCUAAACGUGUUUGUUUGCGUUGUCAUUGCAAGUCUUACUCAUUGUGAAAAUGGCGGCUGGUCAUGUUUCGGAGAGCUCCUUAGAUAAUCUCAAUUUUCUUGUAAAGUGCAUGUGUGGAUACGAAUACGAUAAAAUCACUUAAGGAUAAAGCUCACUUGAUAUAUGAAGGAAAUCGAAUAAAGUGGACGCAGGACCUUGAUUCACUCAAGUAUUUUAUCGAAAAUAUCGUUCGCCUUAACGGUAGGUGGAGAUCACCUGGCGGUAAAUCUAAGCAGUUUAACAGUAUACAAACGCUAAUUUAAGCAUAACUUGGUACCCCGGGAAACAGAAUUCACUGUCAUUCCAAGGAACGGACGGCAUAGUACUUAAAAAUUUUGUAGUUAGAAUGUUAGUAGAACCAAACAUUGACAGCCCUAAUUCGAAUGCAAAGUUUUCGACUCAAACGGCUGAUCCAGUUGCCGAACCUUGUGAAAAGCUGUGUGAAAUCGUUGCAGAUACUAAAGCUGUAAUUGAGCCAGAGUUAUAUGUAUCUCGUCAUCAUACCUGUGAUUGUAAUCCGUGUGGAAAUGACAUUAAAAACGUCAAGCUAGACAUUGAAGAUUUGCAGAAACAAAUUAGUUCUAUUGACAAUGUUACUGAUUCUACAAAUGGCAUUAUAGAGUCAAUCAGUGAAAUUUUGCUUCCCGGUGAUGGUGGUGGUCUUACUCAUGAUCGCAGAACUGAGUCCACGGUAAAUGAGCUGUUUAAAAUCAUUUAUGAGAAGAACAAAGUAAUUAUGGAUCGUGAUAAUAUUAUUAAGGAACUUAGAACUAAAUUAUUAGAGGCCGAAAGUGAGAGAGACUCACUGAAACAACAAAAAUACUCAUUAGAUACGCAAGAUACGUACCAAUGUAAUGACACAAUAGAAAACCAACGGAGCAUGUCGUCUAAAACAAUACUUAUUGACGAGACUACGGGUACAAGAGACGAGAAUAACUCUGAUAUUAGUCUGAAUAAUGGUAAAUCUCAUGUCACCAUGAAGACAACAGACGCUAGAAUACGUCGAAUGCCAUCAAGACUCCAAUACAACCUAUGUCAAAAAAUACUAAGCAUAAAGGUCUCCCAAGUAGAUUGGAAGGAGAGGUUGCCUCUCAUAGAAGGAAAACCUAAAUCGCAACCAGUUCAGGGGCCAAAUAAUAUCAGCUUACCGGAAUCGUAUAAGAAUGAUAAUUAUUUUUUAAAGCUCAAUUGGAAAAAACGGACACGUUUAACACGCAGUCGCUGUCACAAGCAGGACUGGAUCAAUUACCUGAAGCUUGUUCAUCGCACUACGAAACGAUAAAAAUGCAGAUUCCGACAAGAAUUACUCAUCGACAACAAUUAUUUUCUAAAACCGCGAGCACCCCCCCCCCCCCCCCCCACAUUAAUACUCGCACGUUAAUCACGAUUCCAACCACAAUCCAGAAUGAAGUCCAGGGAUCGCCAACCGUGUUCGUGCCCUCAGUGUUAUUGUGGAAUGUUAUGUCUAUGGCUCCAAAAAUAGACGAAAUCCGAGAAGUAUUAGGCAAUUCAAAUGUUGAUCUUGGUUGCUUUGUGGAAACUUGGCUUCAAGAACAUAUUCCUGAUCAAAUAGUUGCCGCUGCUGGGUACAAUUUAAUUAGAAGAGACAGAUGCGUUGGGCAGCAUGGCGGAAUUUGUGCCUACGUGCGGAAAACAAUAAAGUACCAAGUUUUGGAAAAUCUGUUCGAUGCCAUUUUUCAGACCUUCGCGGCUUCCCAGAGGUAUAACGAAUGUCAUAGUGGGUAUUGUGUACCAUCCACCAAGUGCAGAUGACCCAUCAAUAAUACAUUACCUGUAUGAAAGCCUAACAAGUAUCGAGUCUCAAUUUCCAAACAGUGGUACCAUCUUGUUGGGAGAUUUUAAUAAGUUGAAAGUAUCAAGAAUUAAAAAUGCAUUUAACCUGAAACAAAUAUAAUAAAUUUUCCCAUCCGCGGGGGAAACAUUCUUGAUUUAGUAUUGACGAACCUAGACUUGUUGUACGAUAAUCCAAGGAAACUUCCACCGUUUGGGCUGUCGGAUCACGAUACUAUAAUGGUACAACCCCGGGUUCGUUCGCACAUCUCAAAAGUGAGUUUUCACACAAAAUCUAGAGAUCUGAGACACACGAAACGUCUAGCAUUGAGGCAGUACUAUGAAGAAGUGAAUGUUGAAGAGCUAGUUAACAACCAAAUCUCGUGUAACGACAAAGUUAAUACUCUAGAACUGAUCAUCAAUACUGGUUUAGACGCAAUCGCACCAAUUAAGAAAAAGAUCGUUGUAACGAACGAACCACCUUGGAUGUCCUAAAAAAGCUAAUCCAUAUAGUCGUCAGAAAGCCUUUACUCAAGGAGACCUUAUAACAUUCCGUAGUUUAAGAAAUCAAGUAAAUCGUGAAAGAAAAAGGAUACGCGCUAAAUACUAUAAUGCAAAGGUUAAACAACUAAGAAGCUAUGUCCCUGCAAUUUGGUGGAAAGAAAUUAAGAGAUUGUGUGGUAUGUCCGAACAAGUCAGUAGGCGUGAAGAUACUGUCGCCAUGUUGAGUAAUAUUGAACAUAACUCAGACUCAAGCUCCCCCAGCCUAGACGAACUGGCCAAUGAAAUCAAUCAAGCGUUCCAUAGGCCUAUGUCAGAUUUCAAUCCAUUGUUGCCUAGCAACCGGCAAGCCGAUGCGGAUGGGAGGUCAGAGGGUUUUUGUGUUUCGGAAUUUUCCGUCUUUAAAAAACUGAGCGCACUGAAUCAAAGUAAAGCUGGUGGACCAGGCGGAAUUCCAAACUGGAUACUUAAAGAAAACGCUACCACUGUGGCUGACAUAAUUAACACCUCUUACAAUGAAGGUCGACUUCCGUCCUCAUGGAAAUUCGCAAAUAUUAUUCCAAUACCCAAAGCAAAACCGGUGCGAGAGGUUAAUAAAGAUCUACGCCCAAUUUCCUUGACAAAAAUCUUGUCGAAGAUCGCAGAAGAUUAUGUUGUCAACCUCUUUGUCAAACCAGCGGUCCUGAGGAAAAUAGAUCCUAAUCAAUACGGCACAGUGCCUAGAUCAAGUACCACUCAAGCAGUAUGCUGCACUUCUUAAAUGCCUCAACAGACGGCAAUGGCGCAACAACCAGAGUUAUUUUAUUCGACUACAAAAAGGCAUUUGACCUGAUUGACCACAGGUUACUCCUUAACAAAUUAGCAAUAUAUGAUAUCCCUCAAUGGACGUUGGAGUGGAUCACCGACUUCUUAACAUGCAGGAAACAGCGAGUAAAGUUAAGUACAGACUGUUAUUCAGAGUGAGAGUUGGUACCAGCUGGAGUACCCCAAGGAACUAAGUUGCGUCCAUGGUUGUUUGUUGUUAUGGUCAAUGACCUGGAUAUUCCCACCUCGAAAUUGUGGAGAUACGUUGAUGACACGUCCAUGGCUGAGACCAUUUUAGAGGGAGGCUCGAGCACUAUCCAGAACGAUGUAGACGAUUUAAUUAAUCAGUCAGAAGCCAAUAAAUUCCAAAUGAACGAGAGAAAAUGCAAGGUAUUGCAGAUAGGGUUUAGUAAGUUAAUCAACCAGUUUGGGCCAAUCAAAAUACAUAAUACUCCUUUGGAAGUUGUGCAAAGUACUAAGAUAUUGGGUCUGACUCUUUCUGAUGAUUUGAAAUGGAAUUAACAUGUUCUGCAGAUUGUGAAAAAGGCUCGAAAAAAGACACUGUUGUUUAGCCCAAUUAAAAAGAUCUAAUGUGGGAACCAAAGAGCUGCUCCAGUUCUAUAUUACCUGUAUCAGACCGAUCACAGAAUAUGCGUGCCCGGCGUUUCACAACAGCUUAACCAACUAUCUAUCCAAUGACUUAGAGUCAAUUCAGAAAAGAGCGUUGCGAAUUAUCAUCCCAUGGACGUCCUACAGUGAGGCUCUGUCUAUCGCAGGACUGCAACCUCUCUAUGCCAGAAGACAAAACUUACAGAAAGUCUGUUUCGGGACAUAGUGUCUAAUAAGGAUCAUAUAUUACAUAAAUUACUCCCCCCGUGUAAUAACUUUGACACCACUCUGAGAAACAAGCGUAGGUUUAAUGUGACAUUUAAGACAGAACGGUAUCGAAACAGUUUUAUUACGUAUAACGCAUUGAACUCGUAGUUCUUAAUUUGGAUUAUCCUGUGUUGGUAUAUAAGUUGUUUUAGUUGUAAAUAGUUUUAUUAUUAAUUCUUAUAGUUAUAAAUCAAUAGUUAGUAUUAAUAUUGUACUGUAACAUUUAACUUAAUUCAGCCUUUGGCUGCGAUGUUUUAUUGUAAUAAACUAUCUAUCUAUCUAUCUAUCUAUCUAUCUAUCUAUCUAUCUAUCUAUCUAUCUAUCUAUCUAUCUAUCUAUCUAUCUAUCUAUCUAUCUAUCUAAGGUCUAAUAUACUGGUUGUCAUUGCGCUUGUCCGGUCCAGAUUUGGAAGUGACCUUUUAGAACGUAAACAACUCUGGAUUACAAAUGUUUAAAGAACAAAAACUAAACUCAUUGGACAUUAUUUAUCUGGUGAGAUAUGACUGUCACAAUCUUUAUUUCGAAUUCGCAGUUGAAUAACACGUUUUGAAACAAAUUUCCCGGCCAAGAAUAUUGCCGUACAUGAUUCAUUCUGAGUGCGCGGAUAAUCAAAGCAAACUACGCAUUUUCAAUUCCCAAAGCGGACAUUUUUCUUGUUAUAUCGCGGCUUUUUGGCUUCAUUUGAAAACAGAAUCUUUUCCAUAAAAUUAAGGAAAUUUCGUGUAAGAUUAAUCAAAAUACAAUCGCGAAAAAUAUCGGUAUUAUUGGGGAUUUUUUCCGCUAUCGGUUUUCUUUCUUUUUUUCAAAUACCGCAACAGCCUACUGCCAAACCAACUACUGUCAAAAUAUCGCAUAAUAUCACUAAGAGGGUCAAAAUUAUUUACCCUGGGUCGGACUGUGUAGUGUAAACGCCUCAGGGAUCCAUAGUCUUAGAGAGUUAAGUGUUCUGUUUUAGCCUAAUAUACCAUUUAUUACAAAAAGUUUUUGCGCAAACAACAUAUCCAAUUUUGAAAUAUUUUGAAAACUGAACUUAUUGGGCGAAAUUGCUUUCGUCAUAUAUAGUAUUCCAAUUACUGUACCCCUGAAAAAUUUCUGGUACGAGAGAAAAAAACUCCUUGAAGGUCCUGGAAUGAAGGUGUACAAUCGUGUGUGGUAUCAUGUAUGGUAUCAUGAUAUUUUUCGUAUUCUUUUAUAAAUUGAAAUUUUUGUAACGUGUUUCAAGACACUUCUCUUUAUAAACUCUACUUUCGAUGACAGCUAAAAUUCAUGCCCAUAUAUAUAUAUAUAUAUAUAUAUAUAUAUAUAUAUAUAUAUAUAUAUAUAUAUAUAUAUAUAUAUAUAUAUAUAUAUAUAUAUAUAUAUAUAUAUAUAUAUAUAUAUAUAUAUAUAUAUAUAUAUAUAAAUAUAUAUAAAUAUAUAUAUAAAUAUAUAUAUAUAUAUAUAUAUAUAUAUAUAUAUAUUUGUGAUUUAUCCCCGAGCCGACGGCGCGAAGCGCCGUGCGAGGGUACUAAUUCCCCCCGGCUAUUUACACCCGGGGAAACGAAAGCAUUAGCGAAGUCUAAAGUUCAUCAAUGAGCGCGGGCGUCGGUCACCAACGAUGGGUGGUCAUCCUCACUGAUCUCAAAAAUAUGGCGGACUGAUGAAUAACGGACACUGAUUGAUCCAAUUUAAAGUUUGCAUUAUAACGACUGCAUGACGACAGCGAAAUAGCAAACAUUUCUUGAUUUGAUGAUUGAUAAAUUUCUUGCAAAUAUAUUUCAUUUUUGCUCGUAUUUCUGCAAGAUUUUAUAAAUUUCAAGAAAGAAAAGGCGAAAGAAUCGGCUAAAAGAAGAGAGCCGACGUUAACGAAGGUAAGUUUGUUUUAAAUAUUGAUUUUAUAAUGGCUUUAAAACCCGACGGCUUUUGCGUAUAUGAAACAGCUAAACAAGACAGCAUAUAAUUUCAAUGUAUCUUUAAUAUUAAUUCCCUUUUUUAUUAUAUUGAAUUUUUUAAAUAAAAAAUAAGCAAAGUUAUUUGCAAGCGAGACUUUGAAAUAAUUUUAUUGCAAACUCAAAGUUUAUUGAUAAAGCCAUUUAAUAGCUAAAGGUUGCUAAAGGCAGUUUAGUUUUAUAAAGAACACUUUGGAACGUUUUGUGAAUUGUUUGUGGUUGAAUUUUACCUUAAAUUGAAGCUUGUAUUACGUAUAAUUACAUACCUAACAUAUAUAUGUUGGGAAAUUUAUAAUUUUGUAAUUAAAAGUGAUAUUUUUAGGCGAUUUUCAUUUGUAAGAAUGUUCUUAAAAAUUAUCGUGUUACCAUGACAACUACUUUAGAUACUUCAUGUUCGGAAAAUACAAUGGUUUUGUCAGCAAGGCGAGGGUUUCUGCAUGCAUGUAUUUUCUAGUAUAUUUGUGAUUUUGUCGUACUCAGACGAGAUGAAUUUAUAUCCUUUCUCCAUGAAAAUAUUCGUUUACGCAUGUUUAGAUGUUUAAAGGUAAUGCUGUCGUGGCCAGAUGGAAACCCAAAUUUUCCUGAUGAACUUGGUCAAACUCCAGUUCACCUGGCAGCAAGAUGUGGCCAAGCGAGCAGUUUACGCCUGUUGCUGGACAAUGGCGGCAAGCUUGAUAUAAUGGAUAAACAGGGAAAAACUCCAAUUCAAUUGGCACGUUUUAAUAAUGAUUGUAUGAAUGUAAUAUUGUGGUAUCAAUUUUCAGCAGUGAUAUCAAAAUGUCGCCUAAAAGAAGCAAAAGGUAUAAAGAAACAUUUGUGGUGUUUUGCCUAGCGAAUUACAGUAUAUAAUUGACUUUACUUAAAAUGUGUUCAUUUCAGUAUGCGGAACACAAAUCCGGAUGUUGGCCGUGGCGCCGUGCUUAUUUUUCUUGAGAGCUUCAGCACGGAUGUAAAUGAGAAGACUGUUCAAUUAAUAACCAUCUUUAAACGGCAGCACGGUGGAAGGUAAGAAGACUUUUUAAUUAAUAAACAGCAACACGGUGGCAAACGAAAAGACUGUUCAACAAAUAACUAUCUUUAAACGGCAGAAAAGUUACAGUUACCACUGAGUAAUUUAAAAAAAUAUAAAAAAUGGACACUCCGAAAACGGUUAACAUUUUGAUUCGACGUUUAGACUAGCUUGCAGUCAUCAUGACCAAAAUGUUAACCGUUUUCGGAGUGUCCAUUGUUUUGUAUUUUUUUAAACGGCUGCACGGUGGUAAACGAAGAAACUGUUCAAUUAAUAACCAUUUUUGAACAGCAGUACGGUGGUAAACUAAUAGACUGUUCAAUUAAUAACCAUCUUUCAACAGCAGCACGGUGGUAAACGAGAAGACUGUUCAAUUAAUAAUCAUCUUAAAACAGCAGCACGGUGGGAAGUAAGAAGACUGUUCAAUUAGUAAGCAUCUUUAAACAGCAGCACGGUGGUCAACGUAAAGACUGCUUAGUUAAUUAAUAACAUAUUUAAACAGGAAUACGGUGGUAAACGAAAAGACUGUUCAAUUAAAGGGGCAAUGUCACCGAUUUUUGGGCAAUUCCAACCCUCGCAAAUUUUGCCCAAAACUGAAAAAAAAAUAGUGUAAGCACAACAUAAAGCAAUAACAGACACAAAAAACAUGUACAGAAGUCUGGAUGGACAAGAUUACGCCAGGUUUUUAGGUCAAUUUUAGUCAUUUUUUAUGAAAAUGUCAUAUUACAUGUUUCGUGGAAGUUCAAAGUUGUUUAAUAUGACUCGUAUAUCAUAACUUAAUCCAUUUACAACGUUUAUUUUUAACUUUGUAGUUCAGUUUUUGAAUAAACGGUAUUUUAGGUCAAAAAUCGGUGACGUUGCCCCUUUAAUAACCAUCUUGAAACGGCAGCACGGUGGUAAACGAAAAGACUGUUCAAUUAGUAACCAUCUUUAAACAGCAGCGCAGUGGAAAGUAAGAGGACUGUUCAAUUAAUAACCAUCUCUAAACAGCAACACGGUGGAAAGUGAGAAGGCUGUUCAAUUAAUAACCAUCUUUAAGCAGCAGCACAGUGGAAAGUGAGAACACUUAAAGCUGGUUAUUAAUUGAACAGUCUUCUCGUUUACCACCGUGCUGCUGUUUAAAGAUGGUUAUUGAUUGAACAGUCUUCUCGUUUUCUACCGUGAUGCUGUUUAGAGAUGCUUAUUAAUUGAACAUUCUUCCGUUUACCACCGUGAUGCUGUUUAAAGGUGGUUAUUAAUUGAACUCUCAUUACCACCGUAGUGCUGUUUAAAGAUGGUUUUUAAUUGAACAGUCUUCUGGUUUACCACCGUGCUGCUGUUUAAAGAUGGUUAUUAAUUGAACAGUCUUCUCUUUGCUACCGUGAUGCUGUUUAAAGGUGCUUAUUAAUUGAACUCUCUUCUUUUUACCACCGUGGUGCUGUUUAAAGAUGGUUAUUAAUUGAAAAGUCAUCUGGUUUACCACAUUGCUGCUGUUUAAAGAUGGUUAUUAAUUGAACAUUAGAAUGUUAGGGUUUGUAAUCCAAGUGAUUAUAUACAUUUUAAGACCUGACCAGGAACGACUGCGAAAAAUGCAGCACAAGGUCCUCUGGUAGGAAUUGAACCUACGGCCCUGCGAUUCCGCAGUGUAAGAAAUCACAUAUUAAUUGAACAUAAUAUGGUGAUAUCUCACCAAGGCGUAACGCUAGCGACGAAUAACAGAGAAUCAUUGAUCAAGUGCAAGAAAUCACAUAUUAUUUGAACAGUCUUCUUACCUUACCUUACAUUAAUUCUGAAUUAGAACGUCUUAAAAGCUGGCUUAUUACAAAUAAACUCAGUUUAAAUAUUGCAAAAACAGAGUUUAUGACAAUUGGAUCUCGACAGAGAAUCAAUGCUACUCAAGGUAGUAUAACCAUUAAGCUUGAUGAUAGUGAAAUCAACAAAGUCGAUACUGUUAAAUCCUUAGGAGUACAUAUUGACAAACACCUUUCUUGGUCAACCCAUAGAGAAAAUAACUAA